AUUCGCUCGACUCAUUGAUUAUUGGAACUACUCGCCGCCGAGGUUGGAGGUCGACACCCUAAGUUGUGCUCGGGGAGGUCAUAUUCGAGAAAAAUGUCGACGAUAAUUGGUGAUGUCCGAGAGAGGGAAGUCUCCGAAUUAGACCACAGGGCGGUUGAGCGGCUCGAAGCGUCUCUGGCACAACCUCCAGAGACUUUCUUCUUCGACUGUUCAUUUUGUGGAGCAGAGAGACGGAUCUAUGUCAAUGAUCCGGGAGUUCUGUCGUUCCGAGACUACACGUGUGCAGAUGUUCGGAGGCGCUGCAGGACGCCAGCAACGCCCAAAUCCACAAGACCCCCGCCGCUGUUCCGUCCCGGCAGUCUGGUCUUCGCUGCCAGACCGAACGGUGAACAAGGCUAUUGGCCGGGCAUAAUCGAAGAUCCCCCUUCUUCGGAGGAGAGGUUUCUAGUUCUCGGAAAAACCCCAUACAGACCGAGAGCGUGGUAUGUCACUUUUAUCUACCCACAAGACGCCAAUCGGAGGAUAUGGCUCGGAGGUUUCAUCGCAGCAAAAGAUGUCAUCCCUCUCGAGCAGCCGCGAAGCAUGCUACCCAACCUCGGUGAAAGCACACCUAUGUUCACACGAUCCAUUGAGAAGGCUUUUCAUCUAGUACCUAAGACUCUCCCCGAACGGCUAUCGGCAGCUUCUUUCAAUGCCUAUGCAUGCUUCGAACGGAGAAUACAGCUGAGCUCCCCUCCAGAACCAUAUUUCAAGGUACCCGAUGCACCCGCACCGCGCCGGAAACGAAGUUCCGCGGAUGACGUCCCCGCGUCGCCAGCGGGCCCACCGAAAGUGCAGAGGCGAGCCGAAGAAGGGGAAGAAGAAGAAGAGCCAAGAGGAGGAGAAAGGCCGGGAUACCUCGAAAGCUUAUCGUACUGGAUCGGAUCAUCAACGAAGGAGGAGUCCUCUACCGACUCCGAAGAUUCGUGAUGAUUCUGAAAGAUUUUAUUUUUGUUCAUUUCUCGAAGAUUUGCGACAAGCUCUUUUAAUUUAUCGGCUCGUGCAAAAUAUCUUCGGCGAGUAGGUUGUGAUGCUUGCAAGGCCACGAAGCGAGUUCGAGAUUGUGAUCGUUCGCGCUGUUUCUCAACAGUAUGAGAACAUUGGUUUCAAGUUUCUCAACCGUAGUCGAGCGUUGUGAUAGACAAAGUUUUAAAUCUAAUUAUUGAUGAGCAAUCGCGAAUCCGUGUUUCGAAUCGCGGAGAGCUCGAUUAGAUAGCAGGAGAUAAUUUAAAAGCUGCGAUACCCCGUAUUGUUCCACAAUGUUCCGAGCGGCGAAUAAAAUGUU